UUUUUUUUUUUUUCCUUUCACGACCUCUCACCCUAUCAUUCCUCCACAUCCUUCCUUGACCUUUCUAUGAACAUCUUUGACGGAUAUCCGGUAUCAUGUAUUCUACGGGCUCACGGUUCGCGCUUCUUUCAACUCCACACCGAUGUAUUACUACCCUCUCUCUUCUUCACCUUUGUCUUUUUAUUUAUCCCCGUCACGUCUGGACUGAGAUCGUCCUCUUCAUUCCCCCUUUACUGUAUUCCUUCCGCCCUGUUCACCUUAUGAGUUCUAUGUAUUAUCUACGUGCCAGUGACUUGGGUUCUCAACUGUACACCAGAGUGUGUUUGCUCCCUUCGAUUUCUUGUAUGAUUUAUUUUCAAACUUUUCCUUCUCUUCAACACGGUGAUGUGCAUUAUUAGUUGCUUUUAUUUUUACUAUAUGGACGAUGGUCUCGUGUCUCGGGAUAAGAAUGGGUUGCAUUAAAAUCAAGAUUAUCUUCUUCUACUUCCAUAUGGGAAUUUAUCUUCGUGGUCUUCUUAAGCUUGUAGAGGCUGUUAGAUACAAGAUUAAAUUGAAUAUAGGGCUCGAUAGCAAUUAGCUCUAGGCACUUGAUACACUAGGUUUUGGUAUGAGUGUUUAUUUAUUUAUGGUUUUUGUUUUCCUUUUUUUGGAUGUGGUGACCUGAGUGGAUGUAACAUGAUUGACUUCCUUAGGGUUAGUUUAGGCAUACCUGACUUUUCUCCGGUUUAUUCUAUGAACCAACUGGUGGAAAGCGGUAGGAAAUGGGCUGAUAUU